UGUUGGUUUACUGGCGAAUGUUUCUAAGCAAACUUCGUGUUGAAGUAAAUUUCAUUUUUGACGUGAACGGAGUGGGAACUCUGCGGUUGUAAUCGGGAAUAAAAUAAGAGGCACGGCGUGGCGCGCCUUUGACGAAAAUAAUAUCAUAGAAUGGGAAGAUUAAGGAAUAGUAUUAUAUUUGUAAUAAUAUCCUUGUUAAUUGAAACAAAUGGCUUUUAUGUGCCUGGUGUUGCUCCAGUGGAGUUUAAAAGAGGGCAAAAAAUUGAUGUCAAAGCAGUUAAAAUGACAAGCACUCAUACACAAUUGCCAUACGAAUAUUAUUCUAUUCCAUUAUGUAGACCAAAAAAUGGUACUCUUGUUUAUAAAUCUGAAAAUUUAGGAGAAGUAUUACGUGGUGAUAGAAUUGUAAAUACUCCGUAUGAUGUACUCAUGGCCGAAGGUAUAACCUGUAGAUUGUUAUGUCAUGGACCAAAUAAUCGUAUGACAUGGAAUGAGGAAGAAUCACAGCAAGUAAUAGAGCGUAUCCAACAUGACUACACAGUGCAUUUAUUAAUUGAUAAUUUACCAGCAGCCACAAAAAAAGUUCAUAAGGACACAAAUAAUGUAAUUGUGUACCAUGGGUAUCGUUUGGGUGGCAUCAUGAAUGGACAGUUUUAUAUCAAUAAUUAUCUUAAAUUAAAAUUAAGUUACCAUAAAUAUGGAGAAAAUGAAUUUAGAGUAGUUGGGUUUGAGGUAGAAGCUCGAACUGUUGAUGUAAAUCAAUUAAAGUUCGAUGGAAAUACUUGUAUAUUGCCUUCACAUGCGAAUCCGCAAUUUGUAAAGCCUAAGGGAACUGAACUGUUGUUCCUAUAUUCUGUCGAAUGGAAACCAUCCGAUGUGAGUUGGGCAAGCAGAUGGGAUGUAUAUUUGGGAAUGAGCGAUGUUGAAAUUCAUUGGUUUUCAAUAAUCAAUUCUCUUAUCGUAGUCCUUUUCCUUUCCGGAAUUCUAACAAUGAUUAUGGUUCGAACUCUCAGAAGGGAUAUUGCACGCUAUAAUGCUGGUGAAAGCGAUAGUUUAGCAGGUUUAGAUGAAACAAUUGAAGAAACUGGUUGGAAACUAGUCCAUGGGGAUGUAUUUCGACCUCCACCAAACCCUCGAUUAUUUGCUGCUGUAAUAGGCAGCGGAAUUCAAAUAUUUUUUAUGACUUUGAUAACAAUAUUUUUUGCUAUGUUGGGUAUGCUUUCUCCUGCAAGUAGGGGCGCACUUGGAACUAAUGCGAUAUUUUUAUAUGUAUCCUCUGGUUUAAUUGCUGGAUAUUUCUCUGCACGUCUUUAUAAAACGAUGCGUGGCAGAAAAUGGAGAAGGACAGCACUAUUGACAGCGACUUUAUAUCCUGGAAUUGUAUUCACUACUUGCUUCUUUUUAAAUUUCUUUAUAUGGGGAAAACAUAGUUCUGGUGCUGUACCAUUUACGACAAUGUUAGCAUUGUUAUGUUUGUGGUUUGGCAUAUCACUUCCGUUAGUAUAUCUUGGAUACUUUUUCGGAUAUCGUAAACAACCUUUCACUCAUCCUGUUAGGACAAAUCAGAUUCCUAGACAAGUUCCUGAUCAAUUAUGGUAUAUGAAUCCAGUAUUGUGUACAUUAAUGGCUGGAAUUCUACCUUUUGGAGCUGUUUUUAUAGAAUUAUUUUUCAUCCUAACCGCAUUAUGGGAGAAUCAGUUUUAUUAUCUUUUUGGAUUUCUGUUUCUUGUAUUUUGUAUUCUAGUUAUUUCUUGUUCUCAAAUAUCCAUUGUUAUGGUCUAUUUCCAAUUAUGCGGAGAAGAUUAUAGAUGGUGGUGGAGGAGCUUCAUUGUUAGUGGAGGAUCAGCUGUAUAUGUCUUAGCUUACUCUGUCUUCUAUUUCAUGACAAAAUUAGAAAUCACAGAAUUGAUUCCCACACUUUUAUAUUUUGGCUAUACAGCAUUAAUGGUGCUAACAUUUUGGUUAUUAACAGGUACAAUAGGUUUCUUCGCGGCUUAUGCGUUCAUUCGGAAAAUAUACGCCGCUGUAAAAAUAGACUAGUCGAAAAAUAUCGUUGACGAAGUCAAUGAUGAAAGAGAAGAAUAAUUUUUCAAAUUAACAAAGAAUAUUUAAUUAUUUUUAAAGUAAAUAUAUAAUACCAAAACAG